AUGACCAAAGAUUUUUGGGACCCAUCGAUUUUGCUCAUUCUCUUCUAUGAACCACCAGUCUUCCAGUUCGCACUCGUUUGGAACACGGCGCGUGGAAGGUCCGUCGCAAAGGAAACCAACGGGAGAGCACCCCGCCGGUCACUUCCUCGGCCACACGACAUCACUGCUAUUCCUUCCACUAAGAAGCGUCAUAAUCCUGCUUCUGGACUUACUGUAGUCGAUAGGAAAGUCGAUGAUAUGGGAAGUGAGAACAGCGUCCCGGCAGCUAGGUCUUGUGACAAAGAACCGAAGCAAGCAGCUGAGAAGUAUGAGCCCGGCACGAGUGAGACAAAUCUGCCUGGUACAAACAUAAGGGAGCCCAAAUCGAAGCGACGCAAGACUAUCAAGCUCAGCGCCGAUCUGAGUCCACCCAAGACAACCAUGGCAGCUCCGUCAGGGCGCGAAUCGAACUCUGUGAAUAGUGGUGCGUUACGAGAAGGUCUAGGCACUCAAUAUUUUUCGGAUCACGUCCAGGAGAGAUACAACAGGCCCGAAACCCGUAAGAAGAGAGGACACAACGAAAAGAAGUACAGUACGGCGGAGACUGCAACAAGACGUUCACAUCGGAAGAAGGCUGGUCGGUCGGAAGCCGGGCCAACUACUCCUCUGGUCAAGAGUGUAAACAAAUACGGCUUUGGAGUAUGGGUCCCGGCUACCGGAUCGAACAGCCUUACGGCUAGUCACAGUGCGAAAGAGGAGAUUGCAAACCCUCUUUCUCUUCUGGAAGACGACGCCUCCGAUGAUGUUUUAGCCGAUCACAUCCUUAAUGGUGCGGUCGCUGACUCAGGCAAAGAGGCUGCCAGAGAUGCAAUAUCUCAAAAGCACAGCGGCGACAACAAAAAGCAAGAAGCAGUCGGUGAUGUCGUCAGGGCCGACAUGGAAGAAGACACGGUGGCAAUUGAGGACGUUGUCGACACCAGCUUCAUUCUAGAACGCCUCAAGACGUAUAACGGACAAGGGUCCAUAGAAAAAGACAUAGGUACGCAAGAUGCGGGUGACCGGGGAAACCAGUCAGUGUUCGACCAAGAUAUUCAAAUGAUGGAUGUCGAUGACUCUCAAGCUAGUGUCACUGCUUCUGGCUUUGGUCGUGAUGACGCCAAUCUCCAAGUCAAUCACCAUGCUUCGCCCGGUCUAGUACCAAAGGAGGAAGCUACCGCUGCUGAGGUCAGUAGCUUAGUGGCAGUUGACUUCAACGCUGGAAGGACGACACCUGGCCCCUUGUACUGGCGUACAGCCGACAAACGAACAGAAACUGGCGUCCACUUCUUCAACAUGUCUUUCGAGGACCUGCGUGAGAUGACACGACUCCAGGCUCUCGAACGAGCGCGUCCGCAGUCAUCCGAUGAACUUCGCAGUCUACUGGUCUCCGCGACUACUAGUAGCCAUUCCAAUCCCGAAGAGUACGCCCUUGCCGAUGCCAGAAUCAAGCUCCAAGCGUGUCGUAAUGCGUUGUAUGGCGUUCGGUUAAGGGAGCGAAUGGCGACAAUGCGCAUGGCAGCCGCUCGCGCAACGCAACAGCCGCGUGAUCUCGUUGCAAAGCUUGAGGUCACCACCGACGAUGCACGGAAGGAGCUUCUUACGGCUCAAAAUGCAUUUGAGGAGGACUUUCGGAAUGUUGCUGUCGCCAAGCAAGCUCUCAAGAAUGUCACGGGUAAGCCUGUGUCAGAUUCUCAUGACACAGAGACGGAAGCGGAUGCUUUGAGAAGGGAAGAUAUGAUAAAUAAGAUUAAUGGCACGAUUGUAGAGUAUGAAGCGCAGGUGAAAGCGCAGUACGGUAUCAGUUGAGGCGCACUUGGGGCAAGAUGUUUGGCAAAAGGAGUUGGAUGACGGGACCCGUAUGGUAAUGUGUAAUGGAGGCGUAUGGCGGAGACAUGUGAUGCAUGGUAUCUGGAAAGAGUUGAGAAAUCACGAUACAGGAGUAAACUAAUGAACAGGUGCAUCCAUGUAUUUCAUCAAAAUAUUUGCGCAACCACUGACUAAGAUCGGUC